GGCUGCAAGGGGGUGGAGUUGCUGGUUUGUCUUUGAACACGGGGAAGACUUUUAGCUGGGAACUUGCAUCCGUGGAGCUCCCAGCCGGCAGGCAUCGGUCCCCUGCUCCUGCCGGGAGGUCCCCAGCGCCCGUCCCUUGGGGUGGCAGCGAGGGCAGGGGGUAUGUGGCCACCUUUGGCCACCUUCCUCUCCCCUGCACGCCCUUUGCCUUUCCUCUGCCUCUCGCUCUGCUUGCUCGGGGACUUGUGCUGAGCUGCUCGUGCCAGGAGGGAGCCGGCAGCGAGCUGCACAAAUUGGCUUCCCGUCCACCCCGGGCGUCGUGAGGAGGGAGGCAGGAGGGGGCACGGAGCCCGCCGGGAUGUGAGGGUGGGCAGGGGGACAGCACGCAUCCCUCCUGCCUCCCUUGGAGAUCUGGGACCGCGCACAGACCAUGAAUGGAUCCUUCUUCAACCAGACUCUCCUCGAGCAAGGAGCUUACCCCAACAGGACCCAGGGCUUGGGGAUGCUCCUGGCCUGCUGCAAUGGGACCGGCUCGGUGCUGGCGACCGACGGCGGCUCCUUGGUCCUCGCGCCGGACGAGAGGAGCCUGUACAUCACGCGGGUGGUGCAGAUCGCCGUCCUCUGCGUCCUCUCCUUGACUGUGGUGUUUGGCAUCUUCUUUUUGGGCUGCAACUUGCUCAUCAAGUCGGAGAGCAUGAUUAACUUUCUGGUGAAGGACCGGAGACCUUCCAAGGAUGUGGGAGCUGCGAUCAUGGGGCUUUACUGAAGCCACGGGGCACCUGUAGGCAAGUGAACUGGCUGGACCUGGUGCUGUGAUGCAGAUUCCCGUGUGUUUGGGGCAGCUGGGGACAGUGGGAAGGGGGACGAUGGCUUUUAAUGUGUCUGUGUCCAUGGGGAAGCAAAUCUGCGCUUCCCAGUGAAGGAACUGUUGUGGUGAAGGGGGAGAUGUCCCUGGCGCUGUAUCAAGCACAAUAAUUGACCAGCCUCGUGUUGCAUGCAGAAAUGGCUUAAGUUUUGCAUGAAACUUGCAGAAACAGUGAUAAUGUGCAGAUUUGGACUCUUUUUCUGCUGUUACCUUGGAUACCGCUACUUGGGAUUUAGGGCUAAAAAAAAAAAAGUGUAAAAAGCAAACUACUCACUACAAAAAGAAAACAAAGUAAUGGGAAAGUGAAAUUUGUGGCACAGGCCACAUCGUUGGCCAUGGGGCAGGGGCAGGGAAGGGUUGGGUGGGUUGUACAACAAAGUCUGCAUGCUACAAAAUGUGUUGGUCUGUUUGUGUUUUGGACAUCGAGCAUGCACUGUCUGGCAGUUUUGUAAUGAGGAGAGCAUGUUCUUCCUUAUUUUUUUGUUAAAUAAACUGGUACUGUCUUUUUUUCACAA